AGUUUAUGGGUGAGGGAGGGGGGAGAGAGCCUUAGGGGCCGUCUGUCAAUCUCUCCUCCACUCCAUUCACACAUUCAUCUGCAUGCACCGUCAUAGAGAGACAGAGGAAGUGAGCGAGAGCCUCUCAUUCAUAAAAAAAAGAGAAAGUUCAUUCAUAAAAGCUGCUGUGACUCAAAGAAAAGACAGGAGAGGAAAGUUGAUGUGGAGGUGAAGCAGAGCUGGAAGCCUAGCAACUGACUGAGAAAGUGUAUGGGUCAGUAGGAUGGGACUGUACUCAGCAUGACUAGAGCGGAGCAGACUGGACUUUAGACUCCACAGGACAUCCCCAGUCCCGCACUGCACUCUCUUUUGUCCAGUUCCCUGAUUAUGAGAGAGCAAACCUUACUCAGUCUCAAAUCACAGACAGGACUCUUACCAGGCAUGCUGAAGCGCACCAAAUACAGUCGUCUGCGCAACGAUUCACUGACGUCUCUGGAGGAUCGGCCCCAAAUAAUGCUGCCCCUGAAGACGGACCUUUGCUUAGACUCAGAUUUUGCCCAGCUGGAUCCCGGGACCCCUACACACCACGGGCCGUCCACCCUGAGGGACUUCAUCCCCCGCGUGGCCAACAUUCGAUUGCAAAGUCCUAUCUUCCUGCAGGGCCUGAGGGGACAGACGAACACAGCUGGGGACAGAACCAUUGAUGGACACACUGACAGACCCUUGUCCAGAAAAGCGUGGGGCUCUGGGCCUAAUCAAAGAUUUUGUAGUCAGCCCUCCCUCAAUUUGCCCCUAUCCACGGGCGAAAACCUAACUCUCUCGGCUCUGCACUGCACAAAAAGACCCAUCACCCUGCAUCGGAUGGCCAGCCUCCCCUGGACCCCCAGCUGUCCUCCUUGCUCGCAUCACACAGAUGGUCUGUGCUGCCUGAAGACUUCCUCUGCAGUAGAUGACUGUACAGUGGUGCGGACAGCAAACAGAGCGGUUCACCAUCACAUCAAGUACAUGGGUAGUGUGGAGGUGACCCAGUCCAUGAGAACCCUCGACUUUGAUACGAGAAUGCAAGUCACACGAGAGGCAAUCAGCAGACUGUGUAAGAGGACAUCAACACACAAGACAGCAGUGAAAACUAAAAGGCCUGUAUGCAAGGGACUGUCUGCUGUUCUGGGUCAAAUCAACCUUCAGUUUUCUGGGAGCAGGAUCAUCCUCGCUGUCUCCACAGACAGUGUGACUUUGAUCGCCGCCUCUUCCUUACAGAUUGCCCAUCACCCCAUGCAGGCCAUUUCAUUUGCCUCAGGAGGAGACCCAGACAUGGCAGAUUACAUCGCUUAUGUUGCCAAGGACCUCGUCAAUCAGAGAGCAUGUCACAUCCUGGAAUGUCCCCAGGGUCGGGCCAGUGAGGUUAUCAACAGCAUUGGCCAGGCCUUCGAGACUCGUUUCCGGCAACUUCUCAGCCACACGCCGUCGCUCCUCUCCAACAAUCCCAGGUCAGCAGUGAGAAUCUGUCCUAAAUGGAGCACAGAGGAGACAAUAUCAGACCAAAAGGCCAAGCAGGAGGGUGAAGUCAGCGAGCAUCGUGACUAUUACAAUGUGAUCCCAGGAAAGAUGCCACCCCCUGGUGGAAUAGAGGACCUGCGGAUCACAAGGGAGGAGAACAAACAGGAUGCUGAUUUACAGGGGGUUUGUUGGUCUCAGCCUGUUUCACUGUAUGAGAACUGCUCCAUCACAGAAGAAACACCAGCCCCACCUGCAGACUCAGUGGAAUCUGAGGUCAGUGCUGAACAGUGUACUCCUCUCUCUGAGACACGGAUCCAGGACGUGAUCCAGGAGGAGGGCUGGUUCCACGGCAGGUUAGGACGAGAGCAGGCAGAGUCACUUCUCAGCUGUAGUGGGGAUUUCCUGGUCAGAGAGAGCAGCUCUGCCUCUGGUCAGUAUGUACUCAGUGGUAUGGAGGGAGCCACCGUGCGGCACCUGCUGCUGGUUGAUCCACAUGGACAGGUGCGGACGCGUGAUCAGGUGUUUCUGAGUGUUGGUCACCUGGUGCGCUUCCACAUGGAGAACCAGAUGCCCAUCGUUUCUGGAAGCAGCGAGCUGUGUUUGAAACAGCCAGUCCUACAAAGACACUAACACACACAGUCAUAGACUGUCACGUGCAUACAUUAGCCUUCAGCAGCGGUUCUCAAUGUUUUUUGUACCCAAGCAAAAAAAAUUUAAACCUUUCAACACUUUUAGUGAAAACUGAAAAUCCACCAGGUCGUGUCAACAUGUGAGACAUCACUUCCCGGAAUAUUUUAUUAUUUGGUCAUUAAAUUACAAACAUUGUAUAUGUGCAGUGAAUUUUUGAUUUUCCUAACAUUUGAGUCCUAACAUCUCACACUUGUGCACACUGUGCCUCACCCUGUGUUGAGAACAGCCGCUGGCCUGCAGAACAUCCUGUCUCUGUCUCUCAUGCUGAAUUUGCUGGUGUUUACUCAAAGUUUAAGCACAAUCACUGGUGUCAGACUUUCAGAGUCAUUUUUUUUUACAGGCUAGAUUUGUCUUGUGUUCAUUCGUUUUGAUUUGUUAUUGUUUUGUGUUCCCAUUUCCCAUGCUUGACUUUUGAAAAUAACUUUUCAUCCCACUUAUUUGUUGCAUUCUGAAUAUGGAAUUCAAAUGCUCUUUGUAACCAGAAUCUACAGAAACAGAUUUGCAGUUUAGUCUCAGAUAAAUAUGCAAAUAUGCAAAUAGUGAUGUGUAUAAGACUUCUGGUGGCUGUCAUAUAGGAAACUGGAAACGUUUAAUUUCUUCCUUACUUGUUUUUGUUCUCUGUAAACCUUUCAAACAUUUCAUAGUAAUGGGUAUGUAUAUCUCGAUUUCAUUUCUACUGAUGAAAUAAAAGUAAUAACAUUGAUGAA